AUGCGCACAGCCGUGCAAGAGCAGGAAAGGCGUUUACCAACAGCACUUGCAGUGGCAUAUAAUCGGGAGACAAAUGUGUAUGCGUUCGGGGCAUCUGUCGCAGGGUCAAAGGUGCGGAAGCCCGAGCAGGUGGAACACCGGAGUGUGGCAUAUGCAGGAGAACGUUGGUACCAAGAGAUGGCUCAGGAGUAUCAGCAGGAGCGUGCAGAGAAUUCCCUCGCCAAUCGGACCGUUAGGCAUGCACCUGGAAACUGUGCCGAGUGGAACACGACACGUCAAGUGGCCGGUCGUAGCCAGACAGUCUACUCGAUGACAAUGAACACACGCACUUCUGCAGUCAUGAAUUGGUGUGACUAUUGUCAAACCAUGGUGAAGAAUGUCAUUCGAGAGUAUGAUGGGAUGGUAGUUCACGAGUACAGGGAUAUGGAGGGGAAAAGGCGCAUUCACUGUUGGCGUGAUGGCACCUAUCAUGUGGAGGAAUACACAGGAUCACAGUCGUCUUCUGGUAUAUAG